AUCAGCUGUUUGUGUACAAUUUUUAUUAAUUUGUUAUGAUUGAAAAUAUUAAAACUUAACGUGAAUGGUGAAUCGAACGAGUGUGAAAUUAACAUAAUUUUUGUAGUGGUCGGUGAGUUGUAUACAUGAAUUAUUGAACGGGAGGGUUUUUAUUUAAAAUUCAUCGAUUUCUAUGAAAAAAAUGGUGAUUUUUUAUACCAAAAGUGUUCAGUUAGGCCCAAUUAUAACUGGUGAUCGGUUAUUUUCAUAAACUUUUACGUAAAAUCAUGCUAAACUCCGACGUUAAUUCAUUCGUGAGAGUCGCCUCUAUGUCUGUCGUCAUGACGACCAUCUCAGUGUCCAAUUCCACAGAUUCGUUUCUUUUAAAAAAUAGUAAAUUAUAGUAGAUGAAAAAAUGGACGAGCCGCCGGUUACUGACGAAAAUUGCGAUACAAAUAUUAGUCCAACGUCCGAAGACGUGGACGAAGAUUCCUGUCAGUUUUUAAAAUGCACCCCCAAGGAAAACCCUCCUCCCUAUCACGACCCCCUGAUUGAAGGCGAGGAUAUUCCGGGGCACGUUUCUCUGAGAAGGACCCCCAACAGUCAAAUUCAUUCAAAUGGGAAUCAAGCCUGCCUUGGAAAGAUAUUUGUCAAACAAACCGAAAACGGAAGUUGGCUGCUUCGAUGGGACGUGGAACGACAAACUGAAGAGGAUUUCAUAGCACUCUGUUAUGAAGAUUGCGGAUCUGCGGAGGAGUGCCUUGCGAGGCAACAAGUCCGGGGGCAGGAACAGAGUACCAUGUGGCUUCUGGAUAUACCUCAAUCGCAUCAUAAUGAUUGUGAAAAACUGUUAUGCUUUCGCUACUACGACAGUACCACCUUAGACUACCUCGCUCAGUCGGAUCCCCUCAUCAUCAAACACCCCGUAGACAAAUUGAAAAAGUUCAUAAAAAGCCGCAGACAGAAAUCUAAUGGCAUCGAAAACUGUGCCUUCCAGGACGAGUGUGACCAACAGCAGCAGGUCAAAAUAUCCGACUCGUUGGAGGAUUUGGAGAACGGAAAGGACGAAAUUCUCUCAGGGGUCAAGAAAAAAUCGCCAAACGGGUUGAGCAUGGAGAUUAUGGGAGGUACGAAGAAGAAGAUCAAGGCGAAGCCGAAUACAAAAGUUCCUGGAAAGGAUUACUAUCAGAUUUGGAAUGCUUCAACGUCGCCUUCUCCAGAAGCUGAAGAAAACGCUUGCGGUAUGGACUUCACCACCGAGCCAAUCGCCCCACCUUUACCCCCACGUGCCCUCCACCGACCUCUGGAGAGGUCCCACGCGUUGAUCACCACCACCACUUUCAGUCCGCCUGCCGUGCUCAGGCAGAACAAGCCCAAGAAUAUACAAAAGUUGGAAGAUACAUUCGGCUUCGAACUCAUAGACACCGACGAAGAAUACAAAUCCUUCAGCACGGCUUCCACGACUUCGUCACUUUCCGACGCUGAGGUAGCAUCGACUCCCAGUCAUAAAAUGAAGGCCGCCUUGAUCGAGAACGGCAAGAAGCUCAUCGGUUGUGAUAACUAUAUAACUACGGUUUUAAGUAAAAAUUCUAGUCCACAAAAUAAUGCUCACUCACUAUUAGAAAAUAAGGACAGUCAAAGUUCGACUAUAUCAACACAAAGUAGCGGAUCCGCUGACAUGGUCGAUGGAGAAGUUAACAGCGAUUUAGCUGGUAAACCACACAAACCCCUGACGAGGGUAGUCCCGGAAGCAGAAGAAACCAAUACAAUUGAAGAAAUUUCUCAUACUCCCCUUCAUAGGCCCAGAGUGGAAACUAAAGAGAUGAGUAGGCCUCAUCCAAAGGCGCUUCAGAGGGUGGCAGCUGCUUCAAAUAGUCUAGUCCACAUACCAGUAUGUCCUCCAACGCCAACACACCAUUCUAGGAAAACAAGGACACCAGAACUGAAACCUCCCAAUCUGAAAUCGGCAGAACCGCCUGAUUUUCCACUAGAAGGCCAAGAAGUCCAACCCGCCCCUGAAGUUAAAAAGGCCAACAGAAGACCUUUGCUUACACGUGAUUGGUGCGGGACUAGCACACAAAUGGACGAUACUGAAAACCUUAUGGUGCGACUGAUUGCUAUGUCGGAACCGACGAAUGUGGAUAAAGAUGUAACUAGGGGGAGAUCAGAAACUAAUGGCGAAGCUAGUGGAGGGGUACCUCUUCCCCUCCAGAGGUUGAGUACCACAAGAUUACCGUCCAUCCCAGAGAGGGGCCAUCGAGGUGUGAACGUUCCAGAAGCCGCUGCAGAAGAAGAACCCUUACCACCAUCCUGGGAAGCAAGAAUGGACAGUCACGGCAGAGUAUUCUAUAUUGAUCAUGCGACUCGAACAACAUCCUGGACAAGGCCAGGGGGGAACACGAGUGCAAACAUGGGUGGUGCAGGGGCUGAACAACACAGAAGACAGCUCGACAGAAGAUAUCAGAGCAUCAGGAGAACUAUAAGUUCGCAUAGAGUAGAUGUAGUUGAUUGUCCUACGGCGCCACCUGGUUGUAGGUUGCUGACAAGGCCGGAUUUUUUCACCAUCCUGCAUAUGAAUCAUGAAGCACUUGCUUUAUACAACAGAAAUCCCACCCUGAAACAUAUGAUAGUGAGAAUACGUAGGGAUGCAAGUAUGUUUGAAAAAUAUCAGCAUAAUAAGGAAUUAGUCUCUCUAGUCAAUUUAUUUGCCGACACCACCCAAGAUCUACCUAGUGGCUGGGAUACUAAGAAAGACAGAAAUGCUAAGCAAUUCUUCAUUGAUCAUACUAACAAGAAAACUACUUAUAUGGACCCGAGGAUACCUCUUGAAACGUGCCCGAGAAGGGUUUCUGAAGAUGGUCAAGCUCCCGUUCCUCCACCCCGUCCAACGACAACAACCUCAAAUUCCAGUAGCAUCAUUGAUCUUCCGGUGGCCUACAGUGACAAAGUCGUAGCCUUUCUCAGGCAGCCUAACAUUUUUGACAUUUUGAAGGAGAGACAUUCACCAGUAGGAAAUUGCUCAUCUAUCAGGGAGAAAAUCAAUGCUGUGCGAGUCGAUGGUACCACUGCCUUGGAUAGGUUGAGCCACGAUAUUCAUCUUACGAUUUUACUGAGCCUCUUCGAGCAGGAGAUUAUGUCUUAUGUUCCUGCGGUUACUGUAGACACCAGGGCGAACACUACUACUAGAAGUCCCAGGGGUUCCCCCCAGCCAUCUCCCAUUGCAUCGCCGGGCUUGAGUAGGCAUCGGGUACCUGCCCCCCACAAAAGAGAUUUUGAGGCGAAGCUGAGGAACUUCUACAGAAAAUUAGAAAGCAAAGGAUAUGGACAGGGACCCGGAAAGUUCAAGUUACAUAUCAGGAGAGAACAUCUUCUGGAAGACGCUUUCAGGCGUAUCAUGUCUGCCAACAAAAAAGAACUGCAGAAGGGAAAGCUUUGCGUUGUAUGGGACAAUGAAGAAGGUCUCGAUUAUGGCGGUCCUUCUAGGGAGUUUUUCUUUUUGCUUUCAAGAGAGCUUUUCAAUCCGUAUUAUGGUCUCUUCGAAUAUUCUGCCAAUGAUACUUAUACCGUUCAGAUCUCACCGAUGUCUGCCUUUGUUGACAACUACCACGAUUGGUUCAGGUUUAGUGGUAGAGUAUUAGGUUUGGCUCUGGUGCAUCAGUACCUUUUAGACGCUUUCUUCACCAGGCCGUUCUAUAAAGCGUUGCUUCGCUUACCCGUAGCUUUGUCAGAUUUGGAAAGCUUGGACUUUGAAUUCCACCAGUCUUUACAGUGGAUAAGAGAACAUGACGUUUCUCUUCAGGGGGAGCUGGAACUGACGUUUGCUGUCACCGAAGAAGUUUUCGGACAAGUCUUAGAAAGGGAACUCAAGCCUGGAGGACGGAAUGUUCCUGUUACGGAGAAAAAUAAGAAGGAAUAUUUGGAGAGGAUAGUCAGAUGGAGAUUAGAAAGAGGAGUGUCUGAACAGACGGAAUCUUUGGUGCGAGGCUUCUAUGAAGUCAUAGAUCCUAGGUUAGUGAGCGUCUUCGAUGCGAGAGAGCUAGAAUUGGUUAUAGCUGGUACGGCAGAAAUCGACUUGUUCGAUUGGCGACACCACACAGAGUAUAGAGGAGGAUAUCACGACCAACAUCCGGUUGUGAUGUGGUUCUGGGAAGCUAUCGAAAGAUUCAGCAACGAGCAGAGAUUGAGACUCCUCCAGUUCGUAACCGGAACAUCGAGCAUACCCUUCGAGGGCUUCGCAGCCUUGAGAGGCUCCAUAGGACCUCGUAAAUUUUGCAUCGAAAAAUGGGGCAAGCCCAACAGUCUUCCAAGGGCGCACACUUGCUUUAAUAGGCUAGAUCUACCACCCUACCCUACUAGUGGGGUUUUGUACGAGAAGCUAUUACUUGCCGUCGAAGAAACCAAUACGUUCGGCAUCGAGUAAAUGGUACUUAACAGUAAUACUUUUUGAUUUAUUUCUUUGGAAAUCUUAUUAUGAUUAGUGGGUUGUUUCCGAAUGAGUUAAUAUUUAAGUUGUUUGGAAAGAUUAGGUUCCUGCGCUUUGUUGAGCCAGUAUUAAGAUGAUGGAGUUUCGACUAUAUUUACUUACCAAAUAAUAAUUUUAAUUACCUGUACAGUUUUGUUUGGAGCCAUUCAGGUUAAGUUUGUAAAAAGUUAAUUUAUUUGUGAAUAACAUAUUUUCUGUUAUAAAUCAGUCAUAAUAUUUAUACAUUUAUUAAUGGAUGUCUGCGUGCAGGGUAUUCUAUUGAUGGUCAAUGUAAAUCGGGUCUGGUGUAUCAGCCGGUUAUGUAUAUCCUAAUAAUAUAUUUUCGCUGUAUGAAUUUAAAUUAUUUCAUAACUUAGGUCAGAUUUUGAUAUUGUUGUAUUAAUUUAUUUCAUGUUUAGUUUUAAUAAGUUACCAAUGAUUAUUCUGUUUAAGUAGUAUAGCAUGUUCAAGUUAAUAAUGUUGUGAUUUCUUUAAUUCUAGUCAGUAAAUAAUAUAUAUUCAGUUACUUGCACAAACGCCGUUUUCGUUGUGGAAAUAUUAAGAUCACGGCCAUUUUGGUGAUUUUUGCAUACAUGGUUUGUAACAUUCCAGAAAAUAAAAACAUUUGUUAUGUG